GGACCAUGCUCAGGGUUUUGAUGGAUGAAGAUGGAGGAAGCAUAGGUGGUGGUGGUGAUGGAUGGUUAAGGGCCGAGGGGGCGGGAUGGGAGGACUUGGAGAGGAUUGAGGUGGGUAUAAUGUUUCCUCAGGAAACCUAGGGAGGUUAACGGAGAUGGUUUGCUUUGAAUGUAAAUGGAGUGCAAUUGAUGGACAAUGAUGGGCAGUUAGGUAAUGGUUAUACAGGAUUGUCGGGGUUUGGUUCCGGGUGACAAAGUUACACCAGCGUUAAUCAUAAAUAUGAGGAGAUUUUUGCUUGUUCCCUCGCUUUUUUUUCUUUUUUCUCCUUUGCUUCGUAUUUCCUGUUUCGCCUGAUGCGCGGUAGUUGGCUGAUAUACGGGUGUGUUGGUGGAUGGAAUGAUUGGACGUAUUAUGAUACCUAGCUACGAUCGAGGCUAUAAUUCCAAGGAGAAAUAUGAUUCACGAACGCCGAGCCCUGCUCCUAGUCCACCCAACUCCAAAUCCUACUACUCUCCCGGUAGGCGCGGACCGAACCCUGGCUCCACGAUUCAAUCACCCCCAGGCUAGCCCAACCUACGGCACAAAUGCCCCGACUGAGAACGAGUGUUCCCUCCCGUGCAAUUCCCAUCUCUACAAGCAUUGUGCCUUAUGACAGAGCCACAGUAUGCCACCACCCGCGCAGUUCUCAUCUAUUGCCGAGUGACAUGCCAUGAACUCCAAUGCUGUAUUAUAGACCCCGCACCGAGUUACCGGUACUGUAUUGUAGUGGGUGUGGUUGGAAGAUAAUUCCCCCAAAUUGGUGCUUAAGAGCCCGAUUAGGUUGGCCGAAGCUUAUAUACAGCGCUUCUCAUCGGUGAAAAGCUUGUGGUCUCUUUUUCAAUGGUACCCUACUUGUAUCAUAACUGGGUUACACAUGUGUCCUAAAGUAGACUGUGAUUGCACAAGUACCGGCAUUUAUGCUGUACUCGAGAGCUGAAACCGGUAUACGAGUAUUUUUGCUUACAAUUUGAUGUAAGCGGAAAGUUUAUUCCGUGGGAAAAUAUUUUUCUUUCAUUCAUUGUGAUAUGGAUUAUUCGAAAGGGAUAGUCCAAUAUACCGGUACUCGAGUACUCGUACAGGUACUCGUACUGUACAAGUAAGGGGGAAAGUUGGAUUGGGGAGUCUCACAUCAAUGGUGUGAUAGUCUACCUUCAGUCAUCGAGACCAUGAUAAUCGGUAGGAUACCAUAGUCGGUUAGGCGAAAAAAACCCCCCCACGUUGCGGCAAUGGGAAAGCGAGUAUGAUAGAACUAUUGCUUGUAACGCAAGGGGAUUAGUUAUCGGCUUUUUCCCCCUUCCAUUUCAUUGGUCAGAAUAAAGCCCCCUGGGCAAAACUGGAAGGCAGAUGUUUGCUUUUUUCCUGGAGCUGAAAACUCACCAACCCCGUCCCUCUUGCUCGGCAACACCAUGGCUGUCUCCAUUACUCCUUUUCUUCUUCCUCGUUUCUGCACUUUCCAUCCUUCACGAUGAGGAUUCGAUAUUUCAGUUUUUCGAUAUUGGCUGUUGUUGAAGCGCGUCUUGUUCCUCAACUUUUCCUCGCCCCGCCAGCACAAUGUAUCCCAGGGCCGCCCACGGGGGUUAUAGGGGCCAUGGGAGCGAUUGUCACGCCUCCACCGCAUCCGGAUCUGGUGAAGAGAGCGACUGCUAAUUUUUAUUGCACGGGGGUCAUGGCGGAUGUGCAAUGCCCUUCGGUACGCGGGUUUAAGGGGAACUGUGUGGUUGUGUCUUCUACUGGACAAUGCUGUUAUGAAACUAAUAUCGCAAGGUGUGCCCGCGGGGGGGAUUGCAGGGAUUUUACCGCCGGGUGUGGUACUGCUUGCUGCACAGAAGCCUUUCCAUACUGCAACACUGAAGUAGUCCCCAACGACGCCGUAUACCCUCACUGCGAACAGACCUCGAAUCCAACCUACACAAACAGUUACUACUUGAACGGGAACACCCCAGGAAUCGGCGUCCUCACCUCCAGGCGUAGCGAUCUGGGACUGACGGGGACAACUAAGCCUGGAAGCAGCCCCUCUAUCGUCACCGUAACACACUCUACCGCUCCUCCGUCGGCUACCACUUCAAGAGGCACAGACUCAGAACCUAUGUCUGGAGGUGCGAUCGCGGGUAUCGCUAUCGGUGGGGCAGCAGGAUUAGGUGCACUCGCGCUCGGUGUCUUCUUUCUAUUCUUCAAAAAGAAGCCGACGGCCCCGGCUCAGAGUGGGGGCAUGGCGGAGUACACGCAGCAACAACACCUGCAGCAAUAUGUCCCACAGCCGAUCCAGAGUCCUGGAUUCGCCCACGGACACGACGACCCAUCCACGCCAAAGCCAUAUCCCGAGCAACAGCUGGCAGAAGCUCCGGCGAAUGAGACCCCUAUUGUUGGGUAUAGGCCCGCAUGGGAACUGCCAGCCAGUAAUCAUUAGGAACGUGCAUGAGUAGAUAGCUUUUAUUUCUUUUUGUCAUGAUAUUUCUCAGCGGUGGUUUCGGGGAUGGCGCGAUCAGGGAUGUCUUUCCUCUUUUCCUAUUCCAUGAUGUGGUCAAAUUAAUUUAGUUUUUUUUUUUUUUCUCAAUGUUUAUUUUGAAAUUAGACGUUAUUGGGGGUAUCAUAGCCAAUGUGCGAAUGCUGGUAUUAACGGAAAGUUGUCACUGGUGCCUAGGCUGCUGUCCCCCGUGCUUAUGUGCUUA